AUGCCAUGCGGUUUCCUAACAAAUAGACUAGUAUCGACGCCCCAUACUUUCUCCUUUGUGACGGAAAUCUUGCCGUUGUUAGUGAAAUCAUGGCUUGCCCUCUCCACAUCAUCCUUCGCAUCCAUAUCGAACGCACAGGUACUUUCCAUCUCCGGGAUGUUAUUGUACUUGCGAGAACGGGAUGAACCAAUUGUCCCAAGCUACAUUGGAUUUGCGCUGGUACCGCUUUUAUUGUGCCAGGAAGUGAUCAUCCUCCGCACCGUGCGCAAGCGAAUACGAUCUGCCCACGCAGCAGCCCUAACGUCAGCGACGCGCUAG